AUGGACAACAGCGGCCCUCUCUUCGUUGCUCAGGAGGCUCUGUGCUUAUAUCCAAUCAGCACAAUCUACGACUCAUGCCCACGGUAUCUCUUUUACGCCUUGUUACUCGCCAGUUGUUUGACUCGCUGGACGGGUUGGCUUGCCGAUGUCUUCUUGGGCGCCGCUGCGACGUAUGCAGGUACCGCUGCGAUUGAAUCAUUCAUCUUGGUUGCAAAUCCUGCCAAGAAGCAGGCUCCUUCACUCGUGACUAUCCCAUUUGUCUCCAACGAUACGACCUUGUGGAAUAGUUUCCCGCAGCUUAUCACGGAGACACGAGAGAUCACGGUUCAGCCGGCGGCACUGGAACUGGACGGGGAUGCUGUUCUCGCAAUCGUCGUCACUGGCUACCUUGUUUUCUUACCUCUCCAAUGUUGGUCACGGGUUUUGACGCAUGAAAGAGCCCGGAAUGUUUUGUUCUAUUUGUGGAAUAUGCUCAUGCUGGCGGGUUCCAUCUGCUCCUUGGUCUAUGCUGGCCAAAAGGACAACACCCCCACCCAGUACAUGUUUUGUUACCCCGACAUUCCACCCCUCCAGCAAACAUCCAGUGAUGGAUGGCAGGAUGGAUGGAGAACCGGGUCGUGGAACACCAGCAUCUGGAGUACCUUCUCCAACAUAUCGAAUUGGGGUCAAAUCGGCGACAUCUGUUACAACCCGUGCUUCAAUUCCAGCCAGAUUCUCAGACAAUCUACCUCGCUGCAGUCAUGGUUUACCUCCAGCGACUCUGAACUGGCACAUCCAAACCGAUUCUGGAAUAGGGUCAUCUACUCGAAUCGUUACAUCUACAGCCUCAUCAUCAUCUGCCUUUUUCUGAACAUUGUGCAUCUGACAUUCAAAUGGCUGCCGUACAAAUCUCGCAUACCAUCUGCCCGGAUAGUUGUGAUCUGGAAAGAGAGGAAAUCAAUUUUGCGCUGCUUCAAGCAAGAGCUCAAGGAUGCACUAUCCAUGUCCAGGGAGGAACAAGCGGCGCAGAAGGAGAUUGAAACCUCGUCUGGACACAAAACCUCACGAUGGAGUCGCAUCCGGCCUGUGUUUACCCUUCGCUUCUUGAAGGCCUUUCUGCGCGUAGUUACAGAUGGGUGGAUUCUUUUUGGGCUCGUGUUCAGCAUGAUUAUCAGCCCACUGACAAUUAUCGCCUUUGUCGUGUGGAUCGAGUGGUGGAUAUACAAUGAUGGCCCUUCACAGGAGCAUCCACAGCAGGUGGGGCAAUGGUCAUAUCUGGUUUCAAUCGCUCUACUGCUUAUAUCAGCGGGCAUUCUAUCGCUGAAGUACAAACUGGCGACUACGUCCGAGCUGGAUACCGAGAUAGAGAAGACCAAGACUCAGCUUGAAAAGUUGCAGCAGAGAAGGGAUGCUCGGUCACAAUCAGAGACUACCGCGUUGACCGCUUCAGUAGAAGCCGAGGAGUGA